AUGCCCCGCGCGCCCGGGCUGUGGCCGUGGCCGUGGCCGUGGCCGUGGCUGUGUCUGUGCGCCCUGCUCGGCGGCACCGGCCCCGCGCCCGCCGCCUGCCCCAGCCCCUGCCGCUGCCGCGGGGACGGCGUCCUGCUGGCGGCCGACUGCUCGGAGCGGGGGCUCUCGGCGGUGCCCCCCGGCCUGACGCCGCUGACCGCCCACCUAGACCUGAGCAUGAACAACCUCACCGAGCUGCAGCCCGGCUGCUUCCGCCACCUGCGCUUCCUGGAGGAGCUGCGCCUCUCAGGAAACCACCUCGCACACAUCCCGGGAGGAGCCUUCGCCGGCCUCCGCAGCCUGAAGAUCCUGAUGCUGCAGAAUAACCAGCUGGGGGCGAUCCCCGCGGAGGCGCUGAGGCAGCUGCCGAGCCUGCAGUCUCUGCGCCUGGACGCCAACCUCAUCUCCCUGGUCCCCGAGAGGAGCUUCGAGGGGCUGUCCUGCCUCCGCCACCUGUGGCUGGACGACAACGCGCUGGCCGAGGUCCCCGUCCGGGCCCUCAACAACCUGCCCGGCCUGCAGGCCAUGACGCUGGCCCUCAACCACAUCCGCCGCGUCCCCGACUUUGCCUUCCAGAACCUCAGCAGCCUGGUGGUGCUGCACCUUCACAACAACCGCAUCCAGCGCCUGGGGACCCACAGCUUCGAGGGCCUGCACAGCCUGGAGACGCUGGACCUGAACCACAACGACCUGGGGGAGUUCCCCGUGGCCAUCCGGACGCUGGGCCGGCUGCAGGAGCUCGGUUUCCAUGACAACAGCAUCCAGGCCAUCCCCGAGAAGGCCUUCACGGGGAACCCCCUGCUGCAGACCAUACACUUCUACGACAACCCGAUCCAGUCCGUGGGGCGGUCCGCCUUCCAGGACCUGCCGAAGCUGCACACGCUGUCCCUGAAUGGAGCCUCCGCCAUCGAGGAGUUCCCGGACCUCAAGGGGACCACCAGCCUGGAGACCCUGACCCUGACCCGCGCGGGCAUCCGGCGGCUCCCGCCCGGGAUGUGCCAGCAGCUGCCCCGGCUCCGAGUCCUGGAACUGUCUCACAACCAGAUCGAGGAGCUGCCCAGCCUGCACCGGUGCCAGAAGCUGGAGGAGAUAGGCCUCCAGCACAACCGCAUCUGGGAAGUCAGAGCUGACACCUUCCGCCAGCUGAGCUCCCUGCGGGCCCUGGACCUGAGCCGGAACACCAUCCGGUCCGUCCACCCCGAGGCCUUCGCCACCCUGCGCUCCCUGGUCAAGCUGGACCUGACGGACAACCAGCUGACCACGCUGCCCCUGGCCGGCCUCGGGGGCCUCAAGCAUCUCAAGCUCAAAGGGAACCCGGCUCUGUCCCAGGCCUUCUCCAAAGACAGCUUCCCAAAGCUGAGGAUCCUGGAGGUGCCGCACGCCUACCAGUGCUGUGCCUUCGGCGGCGGCGGCGUCUGUCCCGGCUUCCUCGGGGCCCCCGGGCAGUGGGAUGGGGACGGCGUUCCCUUCGAGGAUGAGGAGGCGCCGAAGGGGCCGCUGGGCCUCCUGGCCGGACUCGCCGAGAGCCACUAUGACUUGGAUCUGGACGAGACCGAGGACACGAAGCCACACCCUCGCGUGCAGUGCAGCCCGGCUCCAGGCCCCUUCAAGCCCUGCCAGCACCUCUUUGAGAGCUGGGGCGUGCGCCUGGCCGUGUGGGCCAUCGUCCUGCUGUCCCUGCUCAGCAACGGGCUGGUGCUGCUCGGAGUCUUCGCGGGUGGCCUGGGGCCCCUGCCCCCGGCCAAGUUCGCGGUCGGGGCCCUGGCCGGCGCCAACGCCUUGACCGGCGUCGCCUGGGGCCUCCUGGCCUGCGUGGACGCCCUGACCUUCGGCCGGUUUGCUGCCUACGGGGCCCGCUGGGAGUCGGGGCCGGGCUGCCGGGCCACGGGUUUCCUGGCCGUGCUGGGGUCCGAGGCCGCGGUGCUGCUGCUGGUGCUGGCCGCCGUGCAGAGCGGCGUCUCGGGGGCGGUGGUGGCCCGGGUCCGAGCCCACGGGAAGGCGCCCGCCCCGGGCGGCGGUGGCGGCAGCGGCGUGCGGGCGGGGGUGCUGGGCUGCCUGGCGCUGGCGGGGCUGGCCGCCGCCCUGCCCCUGGCCUCGGUGGGUGAGUACGGGGCCUCCCCCCUCUGCUUGCCCUACGCGCCCCCGCCCGAGGGCCGGCCGGCCGCCCUGGCCUUCGCCGUGGCCCUCGUGCUGCUCAACUCGCUGUGCUUCCUGGCGGCCACGGGCGCCCACAUCCGACUGUACUGGGGCGGACGGGGGACCGCGGGGCCCGGGGCCCUGGGCCGGCACGUGGCCCGGCUCGUCCUGGCCGACGGGCUGCUGCACUGCCCCGUGGCCUUCCUCGGCGUGGCCUCCGGCCUCGGCCUGGCCCCCGUGGCCCCCGAGGCCGUCAAGUCCGUGCUGCUGCUGGUGCUGCCGCUGCCCGCCUGCCUCAACCCCCUGCUCUACCUGCUCCUCGCCCCGCGCUCCCGCCGGGACCUGGGCCGCCUCUGGCCCUGCGCGGGUGCCGCCGCCCCGGCCGCCCUGGCCUCCGCCGCUGCCCGCCCGCUGGAGAAGGCCUCCUGUGACUCCACGCAGGCCCUGGUGGCCUUCUCCGACGUGGAUCCCGUUCCGGAAGCUUCUGAGGCCGGGCGGCAGCCCCCGGGGCCGGAGACCUACCACGGCUUCCUCCUCGCGGGCACCCUGGUCUCCUGCCCGCGGCCAGAAAGCCCCGGGCCUGAGGGCGGCCGCUCGGUGGAGCCAGAGGGAACCCGCUUUGGGAACCAGCAACCCCCCGUGGACGGAGAGCGGCCGCUGAGGGCCGAGGGGGCCGCGCCAGGCGGCGGGGGCGGCCAGGCCUCAGCCUCGGCCUUUGCCUCCUUAUAA